CUCGGUCUAUUUUGAUCCAUCCCAUCCGUGCGCAGUUCAGUCCUCGGUGACAUGAGUCGGGAACUAGAUGGGCUAUUGGACAUACUAGCCAAGAUCAAUGUCGAGAUGGGCGGGGAGGAGACCCGGGAGAAGAAGGGGAUGAAGAAGGGCGACCGGUUCGGCGAGCUUCGCGUCAAGAUCAGCGAGCGGCUGCAUGCGCUAAAGAUCAACUUGAACGACAUUUCGCAGCCCGUGUCGACAAAGAAACCCAUGCAUCCGCGUGAGAAGAUCCAGCAGCAACAGGCCAUUCGGAACGACCUCCAAGGCCUGGAGGAAGAUCUCGAGGAGUUGCGGUCUGUCUACGACGCCGAAGCCAAAAAGAAAAAGAGCAAAUUGACCAAGGAAGAGCUGCAGAUCCGCAAGGAUUUCGUCGACCAGUACACGUCCGAGCUCGAAUUCGUCAAGGAACAAGCAUCGAACGCGUACUUGAAGGCGUCUCCGGCCGGUCGGUCUCCCCAGGGAGGUGCGGCGCAUGGUUUUGACCGCGCCGCGCUGUUUGGGACGUCCACGGCGGUGUCUCCGUCGGCAGGGCAGUCGACAUUUGCCGCCGGAUUCAACGGAAACGGCAAGACGAAUGGAUGGACAGUCGGUAGUGGCGGCGGAAGUGGUGGUGGUGGAGGAGACGUGCAUCAAGAAGAAAUCACCACAGAACACCGAGAUGUCAUGCUCCAAAUCGAGCAAAAGGACCAGCACCUCGAUGGCCUGGUGGACCAAAUCGGCACGGGCGUGAUGGAGCUGGGGCAGCUGGCCCGCGGGUUGAACGAAGAACUUGUCAAGCAAAACAUCAUGCUGGAAGGCUUGGAGGAACGAAUUGACAACACGAGCAACAACGUGGAAAACUUGAACGCCAAGAUGAAGAAAACCCUCACCGAGAUGGGGCGGUCUGGCGACAAGUGCAUGAUGGACUUCAUCUGCCUCGUCAUCUUGCUUGGCAUCCUCGCGGUCGUGUACAACAUGUUCGUCAAGAAGACCCCCGCCACAAAGUAACUACUUGUAACGAACAUGCGAUCAACACUCCUGGUUGAACCUCCGAUCAACACUCCUAUAUGAU